UUUUUACUACGAGUAGAGAGAGAAUGUAACUGAAUUCAGAGUCCCAGACGAAUCAUCACUGACUCAGAUAGAUAGAGAAGCAGAUCUCAGCGUAAUUACUGUAGAAGAACAGUAUAAGAAGAGAGGUUGGCGGUGUUGGGGGAUUAUAAUUGGGAACUUUAAUUUUGGGAUUAGCUGGCUGUGGCGGGAUAUCCGGAAGUGAGGUCAACCUUAUGGGCUAUGGCGAUGCAUCGGCUCUGGUUUUACCUUUCUUGUCCUGUGAAUACCAACACAGAGAACCACUGAUCGAGCUCUCGGCCCCAGCACAGUUUCAUCGACUACUUUAGCAGUUCAUCAACAAGUUAAAGCAGUAAUACACAACCGAAGUAGAUGAAGAAGAGUGUGUAGGCCGUUGGGAAUUCGCAUCUCUCAUUAAUGUUAGCAUUUAGAGCCAUUUCUCCCCCUCCCCUCUUUUUUCUCCAUCUUUAAUUUCCUGAGAACAAGUACUGUGGAUGAAGCCAUGUGAGAGAGCGACUGAUAAAACCAGUCAAGAAUUCAAUUUACUCUCUCUCUCUCAGAAUAUAUGUACUCUUUUAAUGUUUUCACCAUAGAGAGUUGAAGAAGAGUUCAGAGAAGAAGAAGAGAGAGAGAGAGGAGGGGGGUGGCAGAGUUCUUGGUGGUUCAUUCUUUGUUCUGCGUCGGAUCAGCAGCGGUAGAAGAGAAACAAGUGAAGCAUCAAAGCUCGUCAUUUAAGGUAAGAACUAGAGAGAUAGAACAGUACAGAGAUAGAACUGCAUUUCUCUGUUCAUUAAAUAAGGGAAGACAACCAGAUCCCAUUAAAUUCUAUCACACAUGCAUGUACAAGUAAUGGGAUUCUCACGCAGUAAUCGGAAAUGAAGAAGUCGAAAAUGCAGAGAUCAUCGUUACAGUCGUCGUUGUUGGCUUCAUCAUAUAGUUGUCAUUCGUAGUCAUGGCGGAUCGUUGGUGGAGUACAGUAAAGCUGCUUGCUCUUGCUCUUGCUCUUCUCAUUUUACUGUUUCAGACUGUUUUGGGACAGUUGGAGUCGUUAAAUAAUCGGACAGAGCUACCUGCCCUACUUGAGCUUCGCUCUUCGUUAGGGCUAAGGGCGAAAGAGUGGCCGAAGAAAGUUGAUCCCUGCUUGGUUUGGAUCGGCAUCCAAUGCCAGAAAGGUCAUGUCGUUGGAAUCAAUAUUUCGGGGCUGAGGCGUACUCGCGCUGGCCGUAUCAAUCCACAGUUCUCAGUCGAUGCGCUCGCCAAUCUUACUCUGUUGGCCUCCUUUAACGCCUCUGGUUUCUCGCUUCCGGGCUCCAUUCCCGACUGGUUCGGUGAACGCCUCCACUCGCUGCAAGUGCUUGAUCUCCGGUCUUGUUCUGUUUUCGGUCCCAUCCCAUCUUCUCUAGGAAACUUAACCACCCUCAAUUCUCUCUAUCUCUCUAAGAAUAGCCUUACUAGCAUAAUCCCAUCUUCGCUAGGUCAGUUAUUGAACCUCUCGGUGCUUGAUCUCUCGCAGAAUUCGCUUACUGGUACCGUCCCUUCGUUUUCCUCCGCUCUCACGAAUCUCACCCUGCUCGACCUGUCUUCAAAUUUCCUGUCAGGGCCGAUUCCUCCCGUCCUUGGGAGCCUAUCCGGCCUUAGAUUCUUGAAUCUUUCUGGCAAUAGCCUCUCUGACGGUAUUCCCCCCCAGCUCGGUGGCCUUUCUAGCCUGUUUUACCUUGAUCUCGGCUUGAAUUCCUUGUCUGGGUCGUUGCCUCCGGAAUUGAGUGGGAUGCGGAAUUUGCAGAAGAUGUCACUGGGGAAAAAUGUUCUUGUGGGAUCGUUAACGAAUGCCAUGUUUUCUGGUCUCAUGCGGUUGCAGUUUGUGGUGUUGAGUCACAACAAUUUCUCUGGUAUGCUUCCCGAUUCAUUAUGGUCAAUGCCCGAGUUGGGAUUCCUUGAUGUCUCCGGGAAUAACUUGACGGGUAUUCUUCCUAACCGUAGUUCAAAUGCAAAUGCCACACUUCCAGUGUUCAAUGUCUCCGGCAAUCAAUUUUAUGGAACUCUGACUUCCCUUACUGGGAGAUUCAGUUCUAUAGACUUGUCUGAUAAUUACUUUGAAGGCAGUGUUCAUAUUGAUACACUGAAUAAUGCUUCUCUUGCAAACAACUGCCUUCAGAAUGAAUCAAAUCAGAGGCGUUUGAAUGAUUGCUCAUCGUUCUAUGCGGAGAGAGGCCUGAAUUUUGAUUAUUUUGGAGCCUCAAACCCAGCCCAGACUGCAGUACCAGUAGACACGCACAAGAACAACAGAAAUUUAGCAGCCAUUUUGGGUGGAGUGUUUGGAGGACUCGGGUUUAUUGUGCUUUUGGUGUUGGUUUUAGCACUGAUCUUAUGCAGACGUGGCAAUGGCGUUUCAGAUCAAAGAGGGAUUGAUGUAAGGCCUGUCCCUGCUGGAAGUAGCCCACCACCUCCUGGAAUUUCUAUUAACUUUUCAAGUUUGGGAGAUGCAUAUACAUAUGAGCAGCUUCUCCAGGCCACUAGCGAUUUUAAUGAUUCAAACUUGAUUAAAACUGGCCACUCAGGGGACCUCUUCCAAGGUCUUUUGGAAGGUGGCAUUGCUGUAGUUGUCAAGAGGAUCGAUGUUGGCUCAGUCAAGAAGGAAUUAUACAUGAGGGAGUUGGAUUUCUUUAGCAGGGUUUCUCACCCAAGGUUGGUGCCCCUCUUGGGUCACUGUUUGGAGCCGGAGAAUGAGAAAUUCCUGGUUUACAAGUACAUGCCAAACAAGGACUUGUCUAAUUCUUUUUACAGGAAAACCAAUUCAGACGAUGACAGUUUACAAUCUCUGGAUUGGAUAAAAAGGCUUAAAAUUGCAAUUGGUGCUGCUGAGGGUCUAUCUUAUCUACAUCAUGAAUGUAAUCCUCCUAUUGUUCAUAGAGAUGUUCAAGCAAGCAGUAUCCUUCUUGAUGAUAAAUUUGAAGUGCGGCUUGGAAGCUUGAGUGAGGUUUGCACUCAAGAAGGGGAUACUCACCAAAACGUGAUCACAAGGUUACUGCGAUUGCCACAGAACUCUGAACAAGGCCCUUCUGGUUUGCCGUCUGCAACUUGGGCUUCUGAUGUCUACUGUUUUGGGAAGGUCUUACUUGAGCUAGUAACAGGGAAGCUGGGCAUCAGUGCAUCUGAUGAUGCCUCUACGAAGGAGUGGCUGGAGCAAGCACUUACUUGUAUCAGUAUACAUGACAAGGAACUGAUAACAAAGAUUGUGGAUCCUUCUCUCAUAGUAGAUGAUGACCUGCUGGAGGAGGUAUGGUCAAUGGCUAUCGUGGCAAGAUCAUGUCUUAACCCCAAGCCAUCCAAGCGCCCACUUAUGAGGCACAUUCUUAAAGCAUUGGAAAACCCAUUGAAAGUGGUGAGGGAAGAGAACUCUAGCUCUGCACCAUUGAGGGCAACUUCAUCCAGGGGAUCCUGGAAUGCAGCUCUUUUCGGUAGUUGGCGCCACAGCUCAUCAGACAUUGCGGUCAUUCCAAGUGCCAACAGAGAAGGAGCUAAUGUUUUAAGACAGUCAAGGACAACAGAUUCCAGUGGGAGUGGGCAAGGUAGUGGAUGUGAUCUCUCAUCUUCCCACAAGAGGCUGUCUAAGGAAAUUUUCCCUGAGCCAGAUGAUGUUAGGGAUGUAGAGAGACUGGAUGAAGACUAGCAUAAAUGGGUUUCUGAUUCUUUGUUAAUAAUACUGUAGCAGGCUCCCCAUUUGAGUGUCUGCUCAUUGUAUCCCACCCACAUUCUUAGAUUUCUCAAUGGAAGGAUCCUUUGUAGCAAUUCUUUCCCUUCAACAGGGUGAUGCAACUGCAGAAGACCCAAGGGGCAGUAUCCAGGAGAAUUGUUGGCAAAUGAUAAGAGAAACAAUGAUUUUGAGGGCAGUGGUACUGGGUUUUGUAAUUGUGGUGGCACAUGGAAGGAGAGAGUAUGCAGCUGCCAGAUUCAUUAGUGCUGUGAAGUUUAAUAUUUGUGAAAGCAAUCUGCAAUUUUUUUCUUGUAA